GAUUUAUGGCAUCGCUCUGGUUCUUCUCCUUCACCAAAACCAGAGCAGAUCGGUAUUGACUAUUGGACUGAGACUCACAAGUCAUCUUCCAGAUUCGAUUUAGGUGAGUAGGUAAAUUGUUCAUAAUUUGAGCUAAAAUUAGAGAUUUGAGUGUUUCUCUAUUUCUCUCUCGUAUGGAUUUGUGCGGCGUUCCUCUCUCGAAACGACCAUCUCCGAUUGCGUCACUUCCAGAUGAAAUCGUGGUGGAUAUAAUAGCGCGUGUAUCAAGAUCCUAUUACCCAACAAUCUCUCUCGUUUCCAGACGUUUCCGAUCAAUCAUAACGUCGUCUGAGCUGUACAUGAGACGAUCCUUGUUACGUUGUGCCGAACACUGUCUCUAUGCUCUCCUCUACAACCCUAAAACCUGUGAUUACCGUUGGUACAUCCUCCGCCGCAACGGCUUUGUCCUUAUCCCUUGUCUUCCUCCUAUGCCUGCUCAUGGAAUCUUUGUUGCGGUUGGUUCAAAGAUAUACGUUUUGGGUGGUGUUUACGAUUCCAGUGCGACUUCGAGUGUCUUAAUCAUCGAUUGUGCGUCUCACACGGUGCAGCCUGUCUCUAGCAUUCCCAAGCCGAUGGCUGAUACGGUCGCUGGCACCAUCAACGGGAAGAUUUACGUGAUUGGUGAGUUUGAAUUGUCUAAAGGUGUGGUUUCAAAGAGUGUUAUGGUGUUGAAUAGAGAGAAACAAAUGUGGGAGCCUGAGAUGAUGAUGAAUCCAGGUGUGAAUAUAGGUCAGUUGUGGUCUGGUUGUGUGGUAAUGGAGGGUAAGAUUUACAUGAGGGAUUCGGUGAAUAGCUUUGUUUACGACCCAAAGGAGAGGAAAUGGGAAAUGGAGGAGAUGUUGAAUUCUAAGAAGUGGGAGUAUGCGUGUGUUGUUGAUGAUAUGUUGUAUUACUACGACUGUCGCAAGAACAAGUUAAGAGUGUAUGAUACAAAGCACAAAUGUUGGGGAGUGGUGAAAGGUGUGGAGAGAACGUCGGCUGAGCCUGAGCCGAGUCGUCUGAGUCUGCCAAAAUCUUCGUGGUGGUCGUAUACCAUGAGUUGCGGUGAGAAGCUGGUUGUGUUCUUGCCUAAAGAGAAAGACAGGACGAAGACAACAGGGAUUUGGUGCGCCGAGAUCGCACUCGAAAGACGCCAAGGUGGAGAGGUUUGGGGUAAAGUUGAGCGGUGUGCUGCUGUGAUUAAUGGUGAUUUUUUCUUUGUGAGAUGUUUAGCUGUUAUGGUUUGAUGCACAAAACUGAAAUGUGCUCUUUCCUAAAGGAGUGGAUUUGGUUUGUGUGGGAAUUGCAUUCAACCAAAGGAGGAGAAAUUUCAUGUUGUGGUUGGGAGCUAGUUGAUUUUAUUGGAUGUAAAAGUUAGAAGUACAAUCAAGUAUUUACUUGAUUCUUGGUUGUGCAUUGGGAGUUUAUCAUUAGCAGAGCGAUUUAGAAA